GAGCCUCCAUCCUGAGGAGUAAACGCCAACACUCAAAGAGAAGCCAAACCUGCUGCAGUGCAUUGUGGGUAACCGUUGCCUUGAGUUCUUGUUGAAAUCUUGAUUUUUAUUUUUCUAUCUUGUUUUCGUUUCUCGCUCUUCUUCGUCUGUAUUUAAAGCGUUUCUUUCUGUCGAACAUUAAAGCUUCGCCGUGACGACCACACGCUCUCAGACUGACCUCGUUCUUCACGUCCUCUUCCUGUCUCUAACCUUUACCGACAGCUGCAGGGACAGUUCUCCUUCAGGUCCUCAGAUCUCACACUGAGCCUGUUGAAACCCUAAAGCAGCACGUCACCCUUAUAAACAACCCCAGAGACGCCCAGCUGCAUGAUGGGAGAUAAAGGUUAGCGCGCCCCUGCAGACUGAGAGCUGAAUGUCAGAGAAACUGAGACGGUUUCAGGGGGACUCUGAGGGGUCACACCUGGAUACUUUAAACCCACCAAUCAGGUUUGAGCCUCUUCUGUUACUCUGUCAGUCAGACUCAGUGUCACUGCCUCCUGCUGGUCACCAGCGUGAACUGCACCUCCACUGAGCAGAGCCUGAACUCCACAUCAGUUUUACACCUUCUUCUUUUCUAAGAGCUGAAGAGGUGAAAUAAAAUAACCUGUUAAAUAAGAAAAUUAACUCAAUCUGAAAUGAUACAUGUGCUGUUUAUAUAAGCAGAGAGCGCCUGUCAGUCAGGAGGCCUGAACAGCCUUCUGUGUAACUCCACCCACAAAAACCAGAUCUACAACCCCCGGUAAAAAUGAUGGACUCACCGUCUGUGAGGAUCUUCAUUCAGUCGUUUAGUUUUGUAGAAAAUCACAGACAUGACACCAAACUAAAGUCGUUUCAAAUGUUCAUUUUCUGGCUCUAAAAAUCACUAAAAGACGUCAAGAAAAAUGACGUCUCCAUGUGACACCGACGUGUCCGAACAGUGUUUCACAGCUACCUCUGUAAACCACCUCCCCAUCACACCGCCUGCCGUCCAAGGUGCUACAGCAGCCCAGACCUUCAUGAUGGUGGGUACCUGUGACUGUGUUGUAGGUCAUCUCCUGUGAAUACUGUGAUUUUUGUAUAAUAUGAAAAAACAAAAGUUCAAGUAUAGUUUGUCGCAGAAUAGUAUGAUAAUAAAUUUAAAUUUAUUAUUAUUAUUUAUUAUUAGGUACAAAAAAUAUCAAAGUAUAGUGUAAUAAAAAUGUCAUAGUAUAUUUUUUAUAAAAAACUGCCAGAAUAUAGUAAAAUAAAAAAGGUUGUCAUAGUAGGAUGAUAAAAGUGUUAUAGUCUAGCAUGAUUUAAAUUACAUAUGUGAUUUAAAAAAAACAAACGUCAUAGUAUAUUAUAAAAAAAAUCCUUUUAUGUAUAAAAAAGUCAGUUUAGUACAAUAAAAAUUUGAGAUUGUAGUCCAAAAAUUUCAUAGGAUAUGUUAAAAAUUUUUACUUUUUUGAACAAACAAAAUGUCAUAGUAUAGUAUGAUAAAAAUGUCAUCGUAUGGUAUAAAAAAUGUUAUAGUAUGGUUAAAAAAAAAGGUCAUAGCAUAGUGUGACUAAAAAAGCCAAAAUAUAGGAUGUGAAAGAAGUGAUAGAAUUGUAUGAUAGAAAUGUCUUGGUAUAGUAUGAGAAAGAUUUUAUUUUCUAAUAGAAUAAAUGUCAUCUUACAGUAUGAUAAAAACUAUCAGUAUAGUAUGAUUAAAAUGUCUAUUUGUCGUUUGAAAUGAAUGUCAUAGUAUAGUAGGAUAAAAAAUUCUAUUUACAGUUUGAAAACUAAGUCAUAGUCCAUUAUAAAAUGUAGUAGUGUAAUAUGAUAAAAAAGUCAUACUAUAAAAAAGGUCAUAACAGUGUGAUAAAAUUUUUUAAUUUUUUCAUAUAAAAAAAUGUCAUAGUAUGGUAUGAUAAAAAUGUCAAUCUUUUGUAUGAUAAAAAUAUAGUAUGAGGAAGAUUUCCUUAUCUAAUUAAAAAAAAUCAUAGUAUAGUUUGAUAAAACGUCUAGUGUAGUGUGAUAAAAAUUUAAUUUAAGGAUGAAAUUAAAAGGCAUAGUAUUAUAUGAUGAAAAUGUAAUUGAACUUUUUUUAGCAUGAAAAAAAUGUUUUAGUAUAGCAUGUGAAAAAAGUCAUACUAUAGUAUGAUAAAAAUGUCAUAGUAUAUUAUGUUUAAAAUGUCAUGUAUCAUAAAAUAAAUCUCAUAGUGUCGCAUAAUUAAAAAUGUCAUCAGUUAGUAUGAUUGUAAGUUAGUCUAAUAAAAAUUCAUUUUUUAAGGUAAAAAAAAUGUCAAAGUAUAACAAGAUAAAAAUAUUAUAGUAUAAUAAAAUGUCAAAGUAUAACAUGAUAAAAAUGUGGAGGUGAAACCAGAGUACUCAAAGUUAUUUUGGAAACUGUAUUUUCUACCUGGUCCAGAUUCUCGACUGUAAACAAACAUGUCCUGAUAAUUUUCCCUCUUUCAGUAGUUUGAUGAUCCUCUCCUGUUUUAUUUUAUAUCAACCGUGUUGGAGCCGUGAUUCAUGUCAGUCCACUCGGUUCAACAAGCUCACCAAGGUGUGAUCACUUCUCUUAAACCGCAGACUCGUGAGCAGAUCUGAUCUGAUGCAGGUGUUAGUUUUGGGUGAUCCCAUCAUUUUUUCCCUCUAAAAAACAGAAACUGUUUCCGAGUACCACCCUGUAUUUCCUUCAUUUCUUUUAGUGUUUCUUAAAACCAGAAAGUUUAAAAUGACUUUAGUUUUGUUUGAUUUCUGUGAUCUUUUCCCCCCCGGUCUAAACCACUGAAUGAACGUCCUCUCAGACCGCGGAUUCCUUCAUGUUUGUUCAAACGUUCAGAUCUUUUCUGUGAGGAUCAAACUGACCUGAUGAAAUCAUCUUUUACAUUUCUGAGUCACUGAUGAAAAACCCUGAUGAGGACAGAGCUGAGAACAAGUCAAACUCUGGACCGCUGUCGGUGUUUUAAAGUUAGUUCAGAACUUCAGUCUGAAGUUAAAGCGGACCCUCUGAGGGAACAGAACCCGAGUCCUGCUCAGAGAGACCUGAUGGGAACAGAGACUUCGCACACAGACAGGUGGACUUUAACCUUUUUAUUGUCAGAAAAUCUUUGCUGCAGUUUACAGACGGCGACCGCGACGACCGCCCUUCCUCCUGGUCGAGUCUGACGGGAUCGGAGUGACGUCCUCUGCAGACACCAACGAAGAAGAAAAAGGGAGAAGAAACAAAGUCAGAACAGAGGGAAUCAGGUGUUCAGUCACUGAAUCUUUGUCCGAUGAUUUUCACGUCGAGUCUCUGAUCGUAGAGUUUCUUCGUUUUUACUCACCAAUACGUCCGAUCUUCAUGCCGGAGCGAGCCAGCGCUCUGAGAGCGGACUGAGCUCCAGGACCAGGAGUCUUUGUCCUGAAACAGACCAGCUGUUAGUGUCAGCUCCACCAGUGUGUGUGUACAGACAGGUGUGUGUGUGUGUGUGUGUGUGUGUGUGUGUGUGUGUGUUACCUGUUGCCCCCGGUGGCCCUCAGCUUGAUGUGUAGCGCCGUGAUCCCGAGCUCUUUGCAGCGCUGAGCGACGUCCUGAGCAGCCAACAUGGCGGCGUAUGGAGACGACUCGUCUCUGUCCGCCUUCACCUUCAUCCCACCUGUCACACGGCAGAUCGUCUCCCUGGAAACACAGCAGCCAAUCAGAGAGCAGGUACACACACACAGACACUUCAGUCUGACGCUUUUUAAUGAUUCUCUUUUUAUUCCAGCCCGUGACGAGUUCAGGAACAUCAGGAUUUUAGAGCGAUCGUGGAUCAAAAUGAGCAGACAGAGAGGUAAACGUUUCCAUCAGUGUCGGGUCGUUUUAUGUUCUGUUGAUAUCUGGUAUUUAAGUGUGUGUGUGUGUGUGUGUGUGUGCACGUGCUCAGUGCAUGAGACUUACUUCCCGGACAGGUCAGUGACGUGGACGAAGGUGUCGUUGAAGGAGGCGAAGAUGUGACAAACUCCAAAGACAUUUUCUCCUUCAGCCACCUGAGGACCCAGACUGAUGACCUGCUCCUCCUUCUUCUCCUUCCCUUUACGAGGAGCCAUCGUCUGAGGAGGAGGAGGAGGAGACAUUUAUUCACACGUCAGAGGGUUUAAACCGACUAAAUCCAGACUAACUCCUCCUUUUUCUUCUGGUUAUUUAUGUUCUAACAUGGAGAGACGGUGAUUUGUAUUUUUGUACUUUCAGCAUUAAAAAUGUAGUAAAAUUAUAUUAAACUUCAA